CGCCAGGCCGGUCAGCUUGCCGCUGAGUGGUUGGUCACUUUCUGGUCCGACACACUACGAGCUGGCGAAAGGCAAGAAUUUUAUUUUUGCCGACAGUCGACGCCUGGCUUAUCUCGCUCCGCGCCGCCGCAUGAUACGUCUCCAUGAUACGCGUUGAUCUGUCGCAUCAAUUCGUCUUUGUUUUGUAUGCGCACUCACUCUUUGGGACAGUUUGGCUUCAUCAGAGGAGCAAGCAAGUUUACAAUGCAGACGCAUCCGACGCCUCCACUACGCACAGAGACAUCAACUGCGCCAGCAGAGGGAGCCGCAAAGGAACGCAGCUGGCUGGCACGAGCCAACAUCACCGUGGAGCCCGUCAUGCUGGCGCACAUGUUCGCCUUCAUGCUGACCAGCGUCGUCGGCCAGUCGUUCCUGGUGCAGCGUGCCUGCCGCGUCCACCUCGGGCUGCCCGAGAGCGUCUGCAGCAGCAUCCAGGAGCCGCAGUUCAAAGAGGACGCCGCACGGGUGCAGAUCGAGGUGUCCAACUUCCACCAGUACAACGGCAUCGUCUACAACUUCGUCCCCGUCUUCUUGGCGCCGUUUCUCGGCGCUUGGAGCGACCGACGGGGCCGGAAGCUGCCCCUGCUCAUGGGGCUGGGCGGGAACACUCUGUACUUCGCCAUGUUGGCGCUCGUCGCCUCGCAAGACACUUGGCGCUUGGAGAUGAUUUUGGUCCUGGUGAGUCUGCCGGCGGCGCUGACGGGCUCCGGGCUGGCGGUGUUCUCCGCCACGCACUGCUACGUCGCGGACGUCACCCCCACCGAGGACCGCACCCUGCGCCUCGCCAUCCUGGACAGCUGUUACCUGGUCGCCAUGCCCGCCGGCAUCUCGCUCGGUGCGUACUUGUUCGGCUCGGUGCUGGACGGCUCCGUGACGGCCAUGUUCGCCAUCAGCACCGGCUUCCUCGCAUUCUGCUUCGUGUAUAGCUUGCUGGUGCUCGAGUGGCAGACGAACGAUGCCCAGAAAUCGCUCAAGGGAGUUAACAUCUGCUCGGACUUCUUCGACAAACAUCACAUCGUGGAGUCCAUCAAAACACUAUGUCGCCCGCGAAGCAGCCACGGCCGCCUGUACCUCUUUCUAAUCCUCCUGUCCGUGGGGCUCUACACCUUCCAAAGAAACGAGCAACAGUUUACGUACCUGUACACGCAGAUGAAAUUCAACUGGAGCGUCAAUGAGUUCAGCAACUAUCGCACGUUCCAGACAAUUGCAUACGUUUUUGCGAUGCUUUUAGGCGUGCCGCUGUUCACCAAACAUUGUGGCUUCAGUGAUUCGGUCAUAGUCCUCACGGCAUCGGUGGCCCAUGCAGUUGCAGGCGUGGCAUUUGUAGCGGCAGAAGUUCCUUGGGUAUUUUACAUUGGUGGUGCCGUGUCGUCUCUAGGCCCAACUGGCCCCCCGGUCCUGCGGUCAAUGGCAUCUAAACUGGUGUCAGUUGACGAAAGAGGAAAAAUAUUUGCCAUUUUGUGCGUGGCUGAGACCGCUAUGCCCAUUCUUGCUAGCGCCGUGUACAGCCAGGUCUACAACGCCACCCUGGAGUCCUAUCCCCCAGCCAUCUUCUGGGUCACUAUUGCCUCUCAAGCAACUGUGUUCAUCUUCAUUCUGUGCGUGUACGCGUCCAUGAGAAGAUCUCCGGCGCCGCCCUGCCACGCGGCCGAGCGCUCGCCGCCAGAAAGCUGAGCCUGUUGAGGGAAAAGCCUCCAUCCAUCCUCUUCCCUUUAUGCGGGGCCUGAAUGCUUUACGGUGACGUGUUGAUGCUAGGCACGUCGCGGCACGCCCGGGCCGCCGCCUGCAACGCCCCGCCAGCCCUGCCAGCCCUGCCACCCGACACUCAUAUCGAUGAUAUCACCGGCGAGAAAUUGCCCAGUAGCCCCGACCAGCGUCGCGGCCCGCCAUACGAUAAACAAGCUCCCUGCAACACGGAGCCCAGCGGCCCUGCCACCCUGCCGCCCUAGCCCCCCGCCCUUCCCGCGAAGAACGCACCGCUUGGCGCGCCGAAGUGGCGGCAAUCACCGUUCGUCAAAAACCGAGAUUAGAAACUAAAUCUUCUUCGAGGGGAGAUAAAAGGCGAUGCCAGGGAGUGCAGAGGAGGGAGGCGUGGCGCCGGGCGGCGUCAUAGUGCUCACACACACACACACACACCACAGGUCCUGCUAGAGUGCAGGGGCAUGUGAAGAGUCAGCUACCGCCACCUGUUGCAGACUUAUUAGUUCACACCAAAAGAAUGCGGGACCUAAGUUGACCCUCGUGGUUCGUAUCACACCUCUUUUAUUGGCACGUGAUUAAAAAUAGUAAUUUACAGAUGUGGGUGUGUGGUCUUGUGUUCCUCGCGGCCCACUUAAAUCAAUCGUCCGGAGAAUUUGAUAAACGCUCCGUUUCAUCGCGCGUCGACCGAAUCCAAUCACAGCACGCUGCCGGCCCUACGCCCGCGCCCUUCUGCCCCACUCCAGUUUCGCCACCUGAAACCCCAACCGUGACGUCACCACGUUAAUUUCCGAUAAAGCAUCUCGACGCGGCCCAUUUCCUCAUCACGCACUCUCACCGGAGUCGCUCCGUCUCUCUCGCACUGUCUCGCCGAGCGUUGGCCAGUUCGAUGAAGCUCUUGGCUCGAUACACCCGUUGAAGGCGGAUGUUUAAACUCACCUCACUCUCUGGUUGCUAAUUCAAAAUGCUUUAACUGCAUAAAAGAAUGCAGAAUAAAUUUGAUAAUUACUAUUGGUGUUGCAUCAGUUCUCCUUUUUGACAAUCUUCCUCUUUUCCAUCGUUCCGCCUCUUUUCUUCUCUCCUUCAU